AUGGCAAAAGCUAGGGAAGAAUUUGGAGGGGGUGCCAGCCUGGAGGAUGAACUCAGCUGUCCCAUCUGCCUGUAUCUGUACAGGAACCCCGUGUCGCUGAGCUGUGGUCACAGCUUCUGCAAGCAGUGCAUCCAGAAGGCGCUUGGUGCCCAGCAGCAAUCCAAGGCCCUUUACUCCUGCCCCAUGUGCAAGCUCCAGCUGGGGCCCAUCCUGGAGCUACAGAAGAACUUCCAGCUGUGCAGCAUCGUGGAGGCAUUUCUGGCCACCACUUCCAAAGGAGAACAGAGCAAGGGCUCUGCAGAGGGGAAGGAGGAGGUGGUUCCCUGUGACUUCUGCCUGGAUUCGUCCCAGCCAGCGGUGAAAACCUGCCUGAUCUGCGAUGCCUCUUUGUGCCAGGCCCACCUGAAAAAACACAAUGCCAAGGCUUCUCAGCAGGACCACAUCCUGGUGGAGGUGGGCGCAGACGCUGCGGUGGAGGAGAGGAGGUGCCGGGAGCACGGCAGGCUGCUGGAGUGCUACUGCCAGGACGAGGGGCAGUACAUCUGCGUGCUCUGCUCUAUCGCGGGGUGCCACAAGGGCCACAGCAUCGUCACCCUGAAGGAGGCACAUGACAAACAGCUG